CUUUUGAUUCAUAACAAUUACUGGAUAUGUUCAUGGGGCUUUUAUCCUUGGGGUAUUUCAAACAUGAGCAAGUUAGUGUAAAUUUUGAUUUCAUUUUAACAGUGUUCUAGACUUUGUGAAUUUAAAAGCAUUUGAUCAACACUGAAGACCAAAUAUGAUCCUCAUCUCGGAUGAAAAACGACAUUUUGUUUUUUACUUGUCUCUUGGCCUCUUGAGUUUUCUACAGUUUACCGAAUGUGAGAAAAUUAGGCUGGUCGGACCUUCACGUUGCUCUGGUAGAGUGGAGAUCUUCUACCAAGACAGUUGGGGAACUGUCUGUGAUGAUCAGUGGAGCAUUGCCAAUGCUGAGGUGGUGUGUCGAGAGCUAAGCUGUGGGACAGCUAUGGAGGCCAAAAAAGGUGCUUUCUUUGGACAGGGAAAGGAUGAGAUCUGGUUGGAUGACGUACAGUGUGUUGGACAUGAGUCUUCCAUCCUUAAGUGUCAACACAGACCAUUUGGGCAAAAUAACUGUGGCCAUAGUGAAGAUGCAGGAGUGGUCUGUUCAGAACAUGUGCGGUUUACAAAUGGAACCACUCGUUGUAAUGGCAGAGCUGAAGUCUACAAUGAAGGUCAGUGGAAAAAAGUUUGCAAUGACUGGGGCAAAGAAGCAGCUCAGGUGGUGUGCCGAGAGGCCGGCUGCGGUGAUCCUCUCGCUCAGACCGAAACACCCUAUUUUGGAGAAGCACGUGACCUCACCGCAGUCAAAACCAUCUGCUCUGGAAAUGAGACCUCUGUCUCACAGUGCUCAGUUCUAAAAGUCAAUGAAAGUUGCGAUGAUGCUACUGUUGUCUGUGGAAACAGUCAACCCAUUCGGCUUGUGAAUGGGACUAAUCGCUGCUCUGGUAGAGUGGAAAUUUACUAUAGUUCACAAUGGGGAACAGUCUGCGAUGACAGAUGGGGGAUGCAAGAAGCAACUGUGGCAUGUCGAGAGAUGAACUGUGGGAAUGCUCUCGCAGUCAAGUACAAGGCUUACUUUGGGAGAGGCCAGGAACAGGUUUGGUUGGAUGAUAUUGAGUGCACUGGUCAUGAGAUGUCCCUUGCUCAAUGUCCUCACAGAGGUUUUGGUGAACAUGACUGUGACCACAGUGAAGAUGCUGGUCUCGUGUGCUCAGAAACAGUCAGAUUGAUUAACGGGACUGACGGUUGUUCUGGCAGACUGGAAGUUUUCCACGAUGGCCGAUGGGGGAAAGUUUGUAAUAAUAACUGGGGCCUUAAAGAAGCUACAGUUGUGUGUAAGGAGCUCAACUGUGGAGUGCCAGUAAAAUCCCAAAACAACGUCUUUUUUGGUGACAGUUCACUGCGAGGGUUCACAAGUAGAUGCACUGGUAAUGUGAGCUCUAUCAGCCAAUGUCAACUGCAAGAACACAUGGGAUCAUGUGCAGGUGUUUCUCUCGCAUGUGCAGGUCAACCACCACUAAGGCUUGUGAACGGCACUGACCGAUGCUCUGGCCGAGUGGAGAUUAUGCAUGACGGCCAGUGGGGAACAGUGUGUGAUGAUGAAUGGGACUUCAGAGAUGCUGAGGUGGUGUGCAGAGCCAUGGACUGUGGAACACCUCAGACAGCCAAAUCCAGUGCCUUCUUUGGUGAAGGCCAAGGAAUGAUCUGGCUUGAUGAUGUCAACUGUCUGGGUAAUGAGACGUCCCUUGUGCACUGCAGACGUCCCUCCUUUGGAGAAAAUAACUGUGGUCAUGGUGAAGAUGCAGGAGUGAUUUGUUCAGCUACCAUUCGACUAAUCAAUGGGACUGACACAUGCUCAGGAAGGGUGGAGGUCCACCGUGGUGAACACUGGUCACCAGCAUUUAAUGUCAACUGGGGGAGGAAUGAAGCUACAGUGGUGUGCAGAGAGAUGAAUUGUGGAGAUCCUGUCAAGAUGUCAGGGUCAUUUGGUCAAGGUGGAGAUCUGAGAGGGUACGAGAUCCAUUGUAAUGGCAGAGAGACUUCUCUCACACAGUGCUCAUUUAGAGACUAUAGCAGAUCUGCCACGAACCGUGUUGAAGAAGCCUCUGUGGUAUGCUCAGGUAAUGUGAGAUUAACCGGUGGAUCCACUCGUUGUGAUGGAAGAGUAGAAUAUUUUGAUAAAAAACAGUGGGGGACUGUGUGUGCUGAAUCCUGGGACAUGAAUGAUGCAACAGUGGUGUGCAAACAGUUGGAUUGUGGGAGGCCCCAUAAGCUUACUCAGCUUGGCCCUGGAACAGGACAGACCUGGACGGAUCAAAUCGAAUGCAAUGGAAGAGAGUCUACAUUGACUCAGUGUCCACAAAGACCAUAUCCAGACAGGACUUGCAACAACACUGUAGUAGCUGGUGUUUCCUGCACAGGAAGCUUGGCUAUCCGGGUGGCUAACAGUAACGAUGAGUGCUCUGGAAGAGUGGAGGUCCGUCAUGGCGACCAGUGGCACACAGUGUGUGACACGGACUGGACUCUAAGUAAAGCUCAAGUGCUGUGCGAGGCUCUGGAGUGUGGACGUGCCAUGAAUGCUCCUGGUGCUGCUUUUUACGGCCCAGGCAGUGGGCCAGUGGUGGAGGCUAGCUCUUCAUGCUUUGAUAAUGUGACUUCUCUUCAGCAAUGCUCGAGCAAAGGUUUUACAAGAGCAACCUGCGGGCAUGAACAUGAUGCUGGUGUUCUCUGUGCAGCACAAGUCCGGUUGGUGGGUGGCUCAGGUGAAUGCUCCGGCAGAGUGGAGGUCUUCUAUAAAGGACAGUGGGGAACUGUGUGUGAUGACGAUUGGGAAAUGAGCGAUGCUGAUGUGGUAUGCAGACAGCUUGGUUGCGGUCAUGCUGUUUCAGCACCUACAAGUGCCCAUUUUGGUAGAGGCACUGGUCCAAUAUGGCUGGAUAACGUGGAAUGCUCAGGCCAAGAGUCUGCACUUUCACACUGUUCACAUCCUGGUUUUGGAGAAAAUAACUGUGGGCAUGGUGAAGAUGCCAGCGUUAUCUGCUUAGGUGCUCUGCAGAAGCCUGAAAUCACAAUCAACCCUGGGGUAGAGGUAAACUGGGGUGACAAAGUUGAAAUUACCUGCACGCUAGUAACAGAACACAUGGGCGGGACAUUUCUUCUGAAAAAAACCCAAGGGUCAUUUCAAAUGGAGAAAUUCUCAGAUCAAUCAUCUGCAACCUUUGUCUUCCCUAAAGUGGACUUUAGCCAAAAGGGUUCAUACUACUGUGAAUAUCAAAAGAAAAUGGCCAGUCAAAUCAUCUACUAUCCUCAAGGAAUUCCUGCUGACCUCUCUGUUGUAGUUAAACUGGAAAAACCCAGCAUCUCCCUGGUGUCCCCCCAUGCAAUGGUGAUCUACAGUCCCGACACAGUAUCAGUCACUCAAGGCAGCACCUUCUCCGUCACUUGUUCUAUUCAUUCCAUUUACUCUAAAGGUUUCUUCAGUUUGACAAAUUUAAACACGAACAAUACCAAAACAAUGACAGGAUUUGGCUACUCAGUCUUAUACCUGGCCACUUUUGAGCUCCCUUCAGUAGAUAUUAAAGACCAAGGAUCGUAUACUUGUCGCUACAGCGUUAACGUCUCCGCAAUGUCCUUCUCUUCUGCUCCUUCAAGGACCCUUUAUAUCUCCGUUACCUCAACCUCAUCUUCUUCAGUUGUCGCAGCUGUUGUGGGUGUGCUAGUAUUAUUGCUACUCCUCGUGGUUGUUAUUUUCCUGGUCUGGAGAAGGAAGUGGGGGGUUUCUGAAGUCAUUGUUCAGUUUAGUAACAGAUUUGGAGCAGCAAUAAAACAAGAAAUGGAGGACAAAACCACUGUAGCCCUUGAUGAAAGAGAGAGGAAUAACCAACUGUAUGAGCCAUGCACUCCCAGCCCAGAACAGAGUAAAACUGAUGCAGAUACUGAUAGCAAUGCUGAGAGAGCACCCGAAGACCUGGCUGGAAAAGUGUGUUAUGAGCUUGAACCUCUUGUUGUUUCAUGAUAACGUGUAUGAAAACGUAACCUCAGUAAUGUGGUUUUAGUAAAUAUAAAGAGGAGUAUAACAGUAGGCUGAAAAACAGAACUUUAGUGAAAUAUUUGCAAAAAGUUUCAUUUCUCUUUUUACAUUUAAACCACAUCCAUAGUGAUGUUGCAAUGGCCUACUCUGAACCAUAGUUUUCAACACAACAGCAAAGUGACUACCAAACUAUUUCAGAUCAGCAAAGUAAACACUUUCAGUCUGUGUAAAGUUGCUCUUUAGGACUGUUUAAGGAUUGUCGGUUUUUAAAUUCUUUUUUCAACAAAUAAUUCAUAAAUCUUCAGACUUUGUUUCAUUAAACCUAAGCUGUUUCCAAUCUUUUAAGAGAACUUUAAAUGAUUUGUUUAAAAUAACAUGUAUGCUUAUCAUGUCAGAGUAUUCCUCUUUUGCGCAAAAGUCUUUUUCAUGUGUUUUUAUUUGGUAAUUUUUGUCUUCACUGGGUGAUUCUCACACUUCAGGGUUCAAGGACCUUUACGAAGAUGCCUAUUAUGAAUAUCUUGUUUGACUUUAACACUGACUAUAUUUCAUGAUUAAUUUUUUCUGGUAUAAGAAUAAAUAUGUACUUCAUAUACAA